AUGACCAAGCUGUCCGAGGCUCAGGACCAGGUUGAACGUCUGAAGCAGCAAGCCGAGAAGUUUCUCACGUGCGAUGACGACGGCCUGCUCAGCCUCUACGACGAGUACGUGCAGUUCAAGGCGCUGUUGACGCAACUGCUGUCCACGGUGGCGCGGUACAGGAUCCAACUCAGUAGCACCGAUGCGACCAAGGUGUUUUGGGGGCCCAAAACGCGCCUGGUAGUCGAGACGCUGGUGCGGCACUACGACAAGGUCUACGAAAUCGAUGAGGAGCAGCUGGCCCCGCGGUUCGUGGAGGUGGAGCGCGUAAACGAGCUCCUGUCAAAACAGGCGGCUGAAGAUGUAGAUGACGACGACGAGCGCGAAGAAUUUUCCAUCAUUCAGGAGACCAAGGAGGACCUCAAACGCAUACAGCAGGCCAAGGAGCAGCUCAAGAAUAAGCCCGGUUUCCUCCAAGCAGACCUCAGCAACAUCCAGAAUCAAGACUCAGUGGUGGCCAACGCGUUUUACUGCGUGCAGCAGGUGUAUAAAAACGACCCCGCCGUGUCACUCGAGGACAUCCUUGCCAAGCUCUACAAGGACGACUCCGACAACUUCCUGCUUGUUCUGGGAAACGUUUCGCAUUUGAUCUCGCAAAUCGCCAAGCACCCAGACGAGUUGCAACUACGUCUGCUCCGCGUGAACAACGAACAGCUGUACGAGGAUAUUAUUAGACACCCGGCGGCCGUGGCGCUGCUGAAGUACACCCGCUUCAAAAUAAAGCACGGCGAGGAAGUCAAGGAUGCGCUUACCCAACUUGGUUUUACCGACAUUUCUGAUGAGUAUUUUCUCUAUCUCAACGAGCCCGAUAUGUUCGGUGACUACGGAGCGUGGAAGGAGUGGAUCGACUUUGUGGGCUCCACAAGCCGUCUGCUUGAGAACUUUACGGCAGCCUAUAAGUCCAUCAUGCGAACCAAGAGGGAGGACGAGGCAGACGCCGUUGCGGAGGCCAUGUCGCUAUCUAGGGCUGCUAUAGGGGAGGUGCCCUAG